CGAUCAACGACCAACGAACCAUCAGCGAUCAUUAUCAUUGGCCCGCAGCUCGCUGGGUCGCAGAGCGUAAGAGCGAGUGUUCUUGUCGGGUGUUGCGUUUCAACACCCAGCUUUAAGUUUCAACAGCCAUGCCGGGUCCAAUCCGGACCUGUGCGGAUCCUGGUGCAGUGCAACUCUGCGACGAGGGGGCGCUUCAGAUAUAGUAGAGAGCGUACAGUGAGUAUCCUUAGGAGGCGUUGUGUUUGGGGACUUGCGGCGGGUGGCGCUGGGAACUUGCUAGGGGAGCUGGACCGACUAUGGACUGUCGUGCUAUAGGAUCCGGUUUCGAGUUUCCCUCUCCGGCUGGAUCUCGACGGUUGAUGAUCUUUUGUCCGCUGUGGAUGGGUCAGAGAAGAGGCCGCCCAGAGAAGGAGGCUUCUGGACCAGAGACUAAGCACCGCCCAUCCAUCACUAACACGCGUCGGUACCAGGCAAAACGUCUUUGCACGGUUACAACUUCUGUACGAAUAUGUACCUCCGCAUGUGUUGUGCUGCCGGACAGUACCUCUUCUUCGUUCAGGAAGAGCCACAAGAUCAUCGCCGCGUCAGCCUCAGCUAGAAGAUCUGCCGCCCUCACGAUACACCAUCACCCCUGGGCCCUGGCUAUUUACUCUUGUAUACUGGAUCCCAGGUAUUCAUGGCCCAUGGAAUUCCCCUGGUGCCCCCCUGAGUCCCUGACUACUGAAGCGACAAGCGAAGGCCAGACUCCAGACCUCCAAAACCUCCAACCAACCAACCAAAAACUUCAACUCCCUUCACUUCUUCUUCUCCACUGUCACUUUGUACCCACUGCUCCCUCCAACUUCUCCCGCAGCAUGGGCAGCACGGACAACGCCCUGAAGAGGCGCCCCUCCCAUAUAGCCUCGAGUCCGACGUCUUCUGGUUCGUCCUAGACCCUUCAGUGCAUUGAAGCCACCUCCCCCACAAUUAUGCCGCGCUCUGUGUUUGGUGUCUCUUGCCGGCCAUGUUUUGCCUGGGACGGGUAGAUCUCGGUAGGUAGUAUAAGGAACUCGAGCACUGCAUGUGCGGAAAACACUCUCUGUCCUUCUUCUUCUCUUUCUCUUUGAGUCCAUCCAUUUCCCUUCUGUGUAGCUGGUCUCCCCCCCGUCCUAUAGCC